GGUGCCAUUUGCUUAGUUAUUAUAGUGUUUCAGGUUUUUAAGAUCGAGCCGAGUCACGAUGGAGACGAUAGAGAAGAUGAUAGAGGACUUCAAAAAAGUGCUGGACGACUCAAACCACACAUCACCCGAGACUCUGAAACACGAGAUGAUCCAGUGGUUGGAUGAGACGCUGUCGCCGAGACUGAAACAAGUCCUCGAGGAGAGAGAGACUCAAUCAUCAUCAUCAUCAUCAUCGGAGCAAACUGUGACUCCGUUUGUUGUCUCCGGUAAAAUCGAUUACGAGAAGGUGAUCCUCAAGUUUGGCUGCACGAAGAUAGACGAGUCGCUCAUUGAUCGUGUUGAGAGACUCACUUCCCGUGGAGCUCACGUUUUCCUCCGCCGUGGCUUCUUCUACGCCCACAGGGAUCUCGAUAAGAUUUUGGACUGUCAUGAGAGAGGAGACAAGUUCUACCUCUACACUGGGAGAGGACCUUCAUCAGAAUCUUUGCAUCUAGGGCAUUUGAUUCCUUUCUUGUUUACCAAAUACUUGCAGGAAGCUUUCAAGGUUCCUCUCGUUAUACAGAUUACGGAUGAUGAAAAAAAAAUAUGGAAGAAGUUAAACAAGGAGAAAAGUAAAAGACUUGGCAGGGAAAAUGUGAAAGAUAUCAUCGCUUGCGGUUUCGAUGCCUCAAAUACCUUUAUUUUCUCCAGCUAUGCCACUGUUGGCGGGUGUAGUAAAUUCUAUGAAAAUGUGGUGGAGAUUGCAGAUUGCGUUACAGUUAACAAGGCUAAUUCGACUUUCGGCUUUACCGGCGAAGCUUCUACUGCAAAAAUGAUCUUCCCUUCUGUGCAGGCAGCUCCAUCUUUUUCUAGCUCAUUCCCACACAAGUUGUUCCCUGACGAGAAGAAAAAUAUCCCUUGCUUGAUUCCCUGUGCAAUUGACCAGGAUCCGUACUUCAGGCUGACUCGUGAUGUUGCACCUCGGUUAGACUUUAUAAAGCCUGCUCUGAUUGAGUCAAAGUUUUUCCCUGCGCUGCGGGGAAAUAAUGGGAAAAUGUCAGCAAGUGAUGCAAAUUCCGCUAUUUAUAUUAAUGAUAGCGCUAAGGACAUUAAAAGAAAGAUAAACAGUGCUGUUACUGGUGGGCGAGAUAACUUGGAAGAUCAAAAAAAAUAUGGAGCAAAACUGGAGGAAGACAUACCAUUUCAGUAUUUGAGUUUCUUCCUGGAAGAUGAUGCUGAACUUGAACACAUAAAGAAGGAGUAUGGAGAAGGAAGAAUGACAACAGGUGAUGUAAAGAAGAGACUCGUUCAGGUUGUGACAGAAAUUGUGGAGAGACACCGCAUGGCUCGAGCUGCUGUUACUGAUGAGAUGGUGGAUGCGUUCAUGACUCCGAGACCUCUAUUUGAGUAAACUCUAAACCGGAAAAAGCUCUACAACUUCGAGUGAAGUUUACGGUUGAUAUUUUAUGCAUAUAGCUUAAUCGGUUUCCUGGUUCAGUUAGCUCUGAAGAGUUCACUGGUUUAAAUGGUUAUCUAUUUAUUUUGCUUUUAUUUUAGGAAACAUUAAUUAAAAGGCCCAUAUUUGUUCUUUUGCUUC